UCUAAGAACGCAAUGUAGUCGCUGCUAAUUUUAGUUCUAUUGUCCAACGUAUUGCUGUGUGCUGUAGCUGUCAUGGAAAACCUUCAAAUAAUUUUUUAAAAUAGUUGAAGAUUCAUUUGAGGAAACAUACAAAAAUGCAAAAUGUUUGUUGCGGCUGUUUCACAACAAUUCCGAUCGAUGAACAAGGGAGCAUAUACGAUGAAAAUUUAUGGAUCUCUGUACCUGAAUACACCGGUAAUGCUCGUGAAACGAACCAAAAUUCAAAACAACUGAAACUAAGCGACAGUAUCGAGUUAAUCACCGGUCUGAAGAUUGUGGGACAAAACAAGCAGUUGGUCAACUUGUGCCAUAAGUGUGUUCAGAAUGUGCAGUCCUAUAUCAAUUUACGUGCUCGAUUACUUUUUUCAUGUUGCUCCCUAAACAAUACAUUUAAUUCCAUUGAUGUUUUACCCUCGAGUACCAAAAGCACAGAUGUAUCACAGAACAAAAAUCCUGGUUAUUCCUUGGAAAAUAUGAACACAAUUAACGAUAAAACGUCAGAAAAAGAGAUUGCAACCAUAGAUAGACCACUUAAUCCAGUUGAAAUUGGUACACCAUUGCAUGAAAUAAUAAAUAACAAUAGCUCCACUGAUAAUACAACUGGAAUGGAAAAUGAACAAGACAAUAAUAAUUUAAAUGAUUUGGAAACAUGUAACACAGAUUUAAGUUACUCCACAUCCAGGGAGAUAGAUUUAAAAGUUCAGGACAAUGACAUAGAAUCAGAGAUAGAUGUAUGCUCUGGAGAGGAUGAAGAAAUAUUAGAAUUAGAUGAUCAGAGUAGAACCGUUAAUGUUAUAGAAAUUGAUACUUCCUCGGAAUCCGAUAUCGAGGUGUGUGAUUACCAACCAAUCGGAAAAAGAUUUAAAAAUUUCCAUGCUUUUUCACCUCAUUUACUUUUUUAACCUUAUGUUCUGGUUGCUCUAUUUAUAUCGAUUGAAGGUGGCAGAUUCUAUAUUCUUGAAUUGAGCAUUAGAAAUUUUGAGUUUAACAUAAGUAUCUGUACACAUUCAAGACUGAUGACCCAGCGUAUGAGUCGUGCAAUAUUUCAUCCGUUUAGCCGAUGACUUGUAAUAAUACGUUGGCCUCGAAUGUGUUGAAAGUUGUGUAUGAUUCAGAAGAAACACGUAUCCUUGUAUGACUUGGUCUAUAGUCUAUAUUAUAUUCAUGUAUUUUUUAUGCAGAAAAAAAUUUACUUAACAAAUUACAUUGUUGUAAUACGUUCAAACUUGGACAACGGUAAAUAAAAUCGAAGAUAAUUUUGUCAAUAUCAAUAAAUGGA